AUGGGUAAAAUAUUUCUUCAUCAUAUUGGUGGAACGCGUUUAUUUUCAUGUGCCACUUGUGAUGUAAAUCUAACUAAUCGUGCCGAGUUAAUUAGCACAAGAUUUACUGGGGCUACAGGGAGAGCUUUUCUGUUCCACAAGGUGGUAAAUCUGGUCUAUUCAGAGGUACAAGACCGAGUGAUGCUGACGGGACGCCACAUGGUUCGUGAUGUCUCCUGCAAGAACUGCUCUAAUAAACUUGGUUGGGUAUAUGAGUUUGCUACGGAAGAGAAUCAAAGAUACAAGGAAGGUCGAGUGAUCUUGGAGAGAGCACUGGUCACCGAAAGUGACGGCAUAGAGGAGAUACAAGUGAACGACGAUUAA